AAUAUGAAAAUAUCUGCCACGCAAACAGCAGCGGUAAUAAUUUCAUGCCUUGCUAACUUUCUUUGUUACGAAAUCGUUUUGAAUUUGAAUAAACAUGUCAGAUUAUGGCGGUGCAAUGUGAGACAAUGUUUGGACACGAAUACACGUAUUAUGACCCGCUUAAAGCGUCCAUUUCGACGUCCGGGUGUUUUGCGAAGAACGUACCAAACGAAAGUUUUUAUAGCUUUGGUUUUCGGAGUGAUAUUCGGUUUUUUGUUCUCGUACGCAACACGGCAAUGCUUUUUCCGCAUAGCAAAGGACAAGGUCAAAUGCAAAAUAGUGAAAAUACAGCGACCAAAGUCGAAGACUGAGAACGUCACGAAAAUACCCGAAGAUACUCAACAGAAGACUGAAAACGUCACGAAAAUACCCGAACACAGACCUUUCAAUGUCUCUGUGGAAUUAAAAACGGCGAAAUAUUUCCUGAUAAUCGGGAUAAUGACGGCUGAGAAUUAUAUUCGCACGAGAGCCAAAGCAAUUCACGACAGCUGGGGAAACACUUCUGGCUCGGUUAAAGUUAUAUUUUUUACCGGUGAACGAGGAAACGCAAGCGGAAAUUUCGAUUUGGUUCGCCUACCCAAAGUGGACGACACCUAUCCGCCCCAGAACAAGUCAUUCCAGAUGUUGAAGUACGUAUUUGAACACUAUAUGGGGGAAUUUCAUUGGUUCGUUCGUGCUGAUGAUGAUGUUUACAUUCGGAGCGAUAAGCUUUCGGAGUUUCUGUAUGGAUUUGAUAGUUCGGACGAUUUGCUUUUUGGGCGCGCUGGAGUCGGCAAAUUUCAUGAAAAAGGAAAGCUUGGGUUGGGAGACAGCGAUAAUUUUUGCAUAGGUGGUGUUGGUGUGAUCAUGAGUCAAAGCUUGCUAAGAAAGGUCGCGCCAUAUUUGUUGACAUGUCUGAACGAAACUGUAACCUUACAUGAAGAUUCGGAGUUGGGAAGAUGCAUCCGCAGGCAUGUAGGUGUUAUGUGCCCGUGGGCUCAAGAAGUUCAACACAUGUUUUACCAGAAUUUCGAGAAACCAGAGAGGGUUUUCACGAACAGUUUGAAGAGAAGUCCCUUCAGAAACGCGAUUACGGUACAUCCGAUAAAAGAUCCAACGUAUAUGCUUCAUUUACGCCAUCACUUCUUAACUUCCGAUUUUCUCAACCUGCAAAACCGCGCUGCUCAUUUAAAGAAUCGACUGCGCAUGGCUCGAAACGUGCUAGCGAAUUUUUCGAGUAAUUCGACGAGAAAUAUCCGCUUCGAAUUAUUUCCAAGAAACUGUACCAUUCACUGGGAGGUUUGCGAUAACCAGUUUUUGUAUGGCCUCAGCGAGCCACCGUAUUCUUGGGUCAGCGGUCCUAUACUAGCAGGAAUAAAAAAACUUCAUGUCGGCGUGCUAAGUAAUAUCAACAUUGAAGCGCGUAGAUCGCAAAAGUCUCAAGAAGAAUUCAAAAAGCUUUACAAAGCAAGCCUGCGCACCCACCCUGCCCUGGGUCUGCAACUGACAACUGAGGUAGAAACCCUUCUAAAACCGCUGGACACAACAGGCUCGAGGAUACCUCGUCGCACGAGACAUUUCUCGCAUUUUCAACAAAGCUUCGCUCCUUUGUCGAAAAAUAUACUAAAAGAUACUUUCUCCGCUAAAAAUCACAGACCUGAAGUUAACUUCAUUGUUCCUCUCGUGGGGCGGUUUGAAACGUUUGAAAGAUUUUUAAAAAGUUUCGAGGAAAUGUUUCUAAUCCCAGAACUACCAGUUUGUCUUCUUAUAGUAUAUUUCUCCCAAGUUUCGUCGCCCAUAAGACAUAAGAAAAUAUUCAACGAUUUUCGCGCGAAGCAUCUGGGAGUUGAUCUUGCAUGGUCGGAAAUGGUCGGAGAGUUCUCGCGUGCCCGGGCGUUAGAAUUCGGCGUUCGUCGUUACGGUAUGAACCGUUUGCUAUUUUUUGCAGACGUGGACCUUAUUUUUAAAACAGAGUUCUAUUACCGUUGUCGAGCCGGUGCUAUUCUUGGCCAGCGGGUCUACUUUCCUCUCAUGUUUAGUCAAUAUAACCCACAGAUUGUUUAUUACAAUCGCUCAGCCUCCCCCAGUGGAGGUCACUCUAAGUUUGCGCCCCCCUGGAGGAAUAGAACGUUCACCAGCCGUGCAGGGGUCUGGCGCAAAUACAGCUUCGGUCCGGUGUGCGUGUAUUCGAAUGACGUUAUCGCGGUUGGAGGACUGAACACGACGAUACGAGGAUGGGGCCUCGAGGAUUUGGAUUUCUACGAAAAGUGCUUACGUUAUAAUUUGGAAGUAUUCCGCGCGCCAGACCUAGGACUAGUUCACAUGUACCAUGCUCAGACGAGCUGUCAAGAUCCUAGAAUGAACAAAUUGCAAGCGAAAAUGUGCGAAGACUCGAGACUGCGAGGGAUAGGGUCAGCGGAAUCACUGGUAGAGUAUAUGUUUGCCAAAGGUUAUUUAUAGCAUUUGGCAAAUUAUCAGAAUAUAAACUGCACGAAUCCUGGGAUAUUUUUGCAGUAGAUACGUAAAAUUUCCAGGCCAUGAACAAGCUUUAGAAAAAUCUUUAGACUCGGUGGUAAUAUCCAAUUCAAAAUCUCGAUUUUUUAUCGCAAUUCCUACAAUUCUUGAAACUAACACUUUAAAAGACAGCUUGAUCACACUCUCUCAUUUUCAAAUCUAUUUUUUGCGGCCUUCAAGCUUUAAACGGAUAUCCAUAUCCACAGCACUAGUCCAUUAAAUGAGAUUUUUUAGAAACUUUCAUGUGGAAUAAUUGAUUAAAGGUUUCCUCUAGU